AGUUCGUGUAAGAAGGCGAUGGUCUAGAGCGCGCCACUGUAAUGGUCCCCACCACGUUAUAUGGGAGUUAUAGGGCCCUGCUCGUGGAGGCAUGGAUUGAUAUUUUUUGAAUAAGAGAAGUUCGUUUAUUAGUUGGUGUUGGUCAGAUAGAAGUUAUUAAAAAAAUAGCCCGAAUGUAUUAAUGUUCAAAAACAUGUUUUGGACUCGGCACCGACGUGUUGCCGUAUUUUCAAAAAAUCUGUGGCUAUAAAUUAUUUGCGACGUGUGUGUUGCGUAUCUUGGAACAUAAAGGUGGUUAAAUGUUACUUUCACGUAGGUUUUGUUAGGUUAUAUGAAGCGCGUAUUUACAGGUAAUAUUGUAAGGGCUUUGUGACAGCAUUUUGUGAUGUAUUAAUUGUGGGAUGUAUGGAGAGAGAAUAUAAAAAUCUAUACUGGAUUGAUAUUUUUUGUACAAGUGCCGUUGUGUUAUAAACCUUUGUGCCCUCUCGUUAUUUGUGAAACUGGAUGACGCAUGUCGUAGAAGAUAGGGUUGUCUUUAGAAAGUUAAGUGUUCGAAAUAUUCUUGUAUAUUAAUCGUAAUAAUGGUGAAACAAAAUAGACAACCAAAUUCUCAUGAAUUUGGAAAAACACAAAAUGCUGAUGCUGACCAUAAUGGCACUUUUGACGAAGCAGAUUUUGAAAACGAAGUCCGGAAAUGGCAUGAAGAU